AUGACGAAACUUCCGAUUGCUACCGUUUCGUUGCUUUUGCUGAUCGUUCUCGCCACGUUAUCACGGUCGGCUACAAGCAACACCGCGACUUACAGACGACGACUCGCCGUGUUCACCGCCUCGCUGAUGGACGAGAGUCCCGGCAGUCGCCUGCAGCGAGAGAGCGCCGCCGCGUGGACCGCCUCCUCCAACGGUCCCAGCUUCCUGCGCCAGACCGUGCCGGCUGACUCAUCCAGCGAUGCUGCUGACUCAUCCAGCGAUGCUGCUGACACCUCGUCAGCGAUUUCCGCAUCUUUAUCUCCAUCGCCUGAAACCAAACAGUCCUCUGCUGCUGGCUCCAGCGACACUGCCACUUCGCCUGGCAAGAGCACCUCUAGCGAGAACAAGCAGUCAGACCUAACGCCGUCACAGCAGCAGCAGCAGCAGGAAGAGGAGCAGCAGCCGCCGCAGCAGGCGGUGCCGUUCGGGCAGGUGCUACCCACUCAGGGCGACCUGGCGUCGCUACCAGACUGCACGCGGCAGCUCGCGGCGUUCCCCAAGCUCAACCGCUCCGACGAGGCGGUCAGGCGCUUUGCCUGCAUCGCUGACACCUACCUUCGCCCCUGGAUGGGCUCUCGCCUGGUGAAGAAGGGGGGUGGAGGAGGGGAGGAGGUGGAGGAGGAGCCACGUGGCAUCAUCUCACACGCGAUGCUGCAAUACGUGGCGUCUGAACCCGGGUUCAUGUCAUGCUCAGGCCACAUCCGCAUAGUGGACGGGCAAGUCUUCUUCCGCUACGGUGGCUUCCACUACCAGUGGGACCGCCUGCACCGCUUCGUGCAGUCCGUCAAGCUCAUCGUCGCCGCCCUGCGCCAGUUCUCCCUGCUCGCCCUGCGCGCCGAGUUCUUCCUCUCCACCUGCGACCUCCCCAAGAGCUUCGACAGCUCGCUGAGUGGGAUCUUUGGCGGACGGCCGAUUUUCAGCACGGAGUGGCUGCCGGGCACGCUGGAUAUUAUUGUGCCUGACCCGCUUGACCUUUCCGAAAGCUAUCAGGCUGGGAAGGAUGCCAAGACGCCGUGGGAGCAGAAGGCGAGCAGGGCGGUGUUCAGGGGCGGGUUCACCAACUUCAAGCUGGGCCCCGACCACCGCUGGCGGGUCAGCCCGCGCUACCGCCUCCACCGAAUGACAGAUGCGCGCCCGGAUCUUCUGGAUGCUCGAGUCAUGCGCCUGCUCGUGGAUGACAAGACACGCAACAUGGCGAUGGGUGACGGGUUGAGCGAGGCGGCCAAGAUGGAGAAGGCGGAGUCGCAGCGCUUCAAGUACGAGGUUGUGGUGGACGGCGGCGCUGGCUCCUGCCGCACCUGCGGUGUGCUUGGGAGUGACCAGGCUAUGAUCCGACAGGACACGCCUUUUGCGCAGUUCUACCAGCCGCUGCUGCAGCCGUGGCGGCACUUCAUCCCCACAGACCACUUCUUUGGAGACCUCUUUGACCGCGUCGAGUGGGCCCGGCAGCACGAUGCCCAAGUGCAACACAUGAUCGCCAACGCCCACCGCGUCGCCAGGUGGGGGUGCUCCCUGGAGGGCCGCACGCUCUACUGGGCGGUCCUCCUCGUGAAGUACGCCGCCCAGGCCCUGGAAGACCCCUCCGCAGUCACCCGCCCGGACGUCGUCUCCACAUGCCCGGCGCCGCCCGCUAAAGAGCGCAUGCGGUUGGCACAGGAGGAGAGUGAGAUUGUGAGGCCGGAGGCGGGGUGGCCGCCGGUGUGUGCGGAUAAGGAGGUGGCGCGGGUGAAGCAGCCCCCCUGCACCUUCUUCUGUGUCAAGGGGCCCAUGCCGCGCAACAGGCAGGUCUGGCUCAAUGCGGACCUCUUUGACUCUCUUGACUUUGUGGGCCCGCAUGUCGCUGACAUGGACGAGUAG